AUGGCCACGGCCAAGGGCCCCAACCCGGAUGCGGAGACCGUGCAGGUGCUGCAGGACGUGGCCAACCGCCUGCGGAUCCACGCCAUCCGGGCGGCGUGUGCCUCGGGCUCCGGGGCCCCGAGGGCGGGCUGCGGCAGCGCGGCGGAGACGGUGGCGGUGCUCUUCUUCCACACCAUGCGGUACAAGCCGGCGGAGCCCAGCCACCCGGACAACGACCGCCUGGUCCUCGCCCAGGCCCACGCCGCGCCCCUCCUCCACGCCGCGUGGGCCGAGGCGGCCCAGGAGUCGGACCCGCCGACCCCGAGGAGGGUGGAGGGCGAGCCCCCGCCGCCGCCCCUGGGCGCGGCCCCGGGCCCCCUCGGGCAGGGCCUGGGCGCCGCCUGCGGCAUGGCCUUCACCGGCAAGUACUUCGACCAGGCCAGCUACCGCGUGUUCUGCCUCGUGGGCGACGCCGAGGCCUCGGGGGGCGCCGUCUGGGAGGCGCUGGCCUUCGGGGCCCAGUACAACCUGGACAACCUGGUGGCCGUGUUUGAGGUGAGCUGCCCGGGUCCGGGCGGCGCCGCCCCCUCGGGGCGCCCCGCCGGCGUCCGCCGGGAGCGCUGCGAAGCCUUCGGCUGGAACACCGACUCGGUGGAUGGCCACGACGUGGAGCAGUUGUGCCAGGCCUUCUGGCGAGCGGCUCAAGUGAAGAACAGACCGACCGCCAUCAUCGUCAAGACCGUCGAGGGCUGGGGCCUCCCGAACGCGGAGGAUGCGGAGAGGUGGCGUCGUGGGACUCCGCUGCCCCCAGAGAGAGCCGAGGCCGCGAUCAGAGCCAUCGGGAGUCGGAUCAAAACCCACAGCCGCCUCGCCCCGAAGGCUCCGGCGGAAGACUCGCCGCAGAUCAACCUCAGUAACGUGAAAAUGGCCUCGCCGCCCGCCUACAAACUGGGUGAGAAGAUGGCUACCGGAAAAGCCUCUGGCUUGGCCCUGGCCAAACUGGGCCACGCUCACAAACGAGUUAUUGUGCUGGACAGUGACACGAAGAGCUCCACCUUUUCCGAGAUCUUCAAGAAAGAGCACCCCGAGCGCUUCAUCGAGUGUCUCAUGGCCGAGCCAAACAUGGUGAGCGUGGCGCUGGGCUGUGCCGCGCGCGGGCGGACCAUCGCUUUUGCCAGCACCUUCGCUGCCUUUUUCACCCGUGCCUUCGAUCAGAUCCGAAUGGGCGCCAUCUCGGACACCAACAUCAAUCUGAUUGGUUCUCACUCCGGGGUGUCCUUCGGUGAAGAUGGACCCUACCAGAUGGCGCUGGAGGACCUAGCCAUGUUCCGAAGCAUUCCCAAUUGCACCAUCUUCUACCCAAGCGAUGCCACCGCCACAGAACAUGCUGUUUACCUGGCCGCCAGUACCAAGGGAAUGUGCUUCAUUCGGACCAGUCAGCCAGAAGCGGCAGUGAUUUAUACCCCACACGAACAUUUUGAGGUCGGGCAGGCCAAGGUCAUCCGCCACGGUGCCCAUGACAAGGUCACGGUUAUUGGAGCUGGAGUUACCCUUCAUGAAGCCUUAGCAGCUGCAGACGAUCUUUUUCAACAAGGCAUUUCUGUCCGUGUCAUUGACCUAUUCACCAUUAAGCCUCUGGAUGCUGCCACCAUCAUCUCCAAUGCAAAAGCCACAGGUGGGCGGAUUAUCACCGUGGAAGACCACUACAGAGAAGGUGGUAUCGGAGAGGCGGUGUGCGCAGCCGUUUCCGGGGAGCCGGACAUCCAGGUUCACCGGCUGGCGGUGACAGAAUUGCCUCGAAGUGGGAAACCUGGUGAAUUGCUGGAUAUGUUUGGAAUCAGUGCCAGACACAUCAUAGCAGCUGUGAAAUAUACUUUAAUGAACUAA